UGACCUUUGGUGUCUUAGCCAGCCGAUUUGACUUAUGCAUUGAGCGCUCGAAUUGGCAAUUGGGACAACUGCACACGUGUUUGCUUUGCACCAAGGGGGUCACCGACGCAUACGUUCAUUGUCUGGCACCCGCGUGUUUGUAUUGACGGCUGUUUCUGAAUGUGCCCUUGGCACCAGGCGUCCUGUGCAACAUACAGGGGUGACACAGCUUUUGGCAACGCAGACUGCACUGCAGAUGCUGCAGCUUCAAUGUGGCCCUUCUGGCUCAAGCUAGGAGUUAGGCCUUUUUGGCCUGAUCGGUCUUCGCGGCUAGAGCAUGGAUAAUGAUGACGACAAUUCGGAGGCUCUGGCGGCUGUCGUCACUGCGAAGAUUGCGGAGUACGAGGACAUUGCCCAGACCAUCUCUUGCGGCAGCGUGCUCUGCGCCCUCCUCGGGCAAAGCUUCCACGAGGACUUCGUGGAGAAGGUCCUCAAGGCCGAGCUCCAGCGGUCGCUGGAGGCCUUCCGCCGGGAGGCGGCGGUGCUGGAGCAGUGCCGCGAGCUGCGCGAGACAACAUCGAUCUGCUCGUCCGCGAUGGCGUCACCGAGCUGGAGACGAUGGUGGAGCUCGGCUGCCAGUUUUAUGUGAACGCGUUCGUCCCGGACACCAGCCGCAUUUUCGUGGAUGUCGGCCUGGGCUUCCGGCUGGAGCUGACGCUGGAGGAGGCCCGCGAGUUCCUGGAGCACAAGGAAGCGUGCCUCCGCAGCGGGCUGGAGCUGCGCAAGCGGAAGACCGCCAGCGUGAAGGCGGACAUCCACGAGGCCCUGCACCUGCUCGACCUGAUGCUCCAGGUCCAAUCGGGACGAUCGCCCUGGCUGGACGGCGGAGCAGAGAGCUUGAUCAGUGCAUUGGCGGGCUGAUGUUGGCUGCCAGAGGCUGUCGGGUACGCCUGGCGCGGGCAGCAUCGGAACGACUGCUGGAGUGCGCUGCAGGGUGGCCUUCAGAAAGCGCCGUUGAUUCCGUCUUGCAUCGUUGCUUGCUCCAUGGGUUUCCGUUUGCAGGGUUCAUGUGUCGACCUCAUGGUUUGAGCAGCUUCUCACGACUUGGCUUGUCGGAGCAGGCACUUGAGCCUCCGUCGACCAGACGGAGGCUGACAGUCUCGGUGGUAGUUCGGCACUGGGUGUGAGCCCAUCGCCGCGCAGGUAUGACGUCCAUCGCCAGUCGUGC